AUGACUUGUUUGGAUAAGUACUUAUUGAGAGAAGCUUUGAAAAGUACUUUUAGCUCUGAAGGUUAUAACAUCAUGGUCAAUGCCACUAAAGGAGUUUUCAUUUCCUGUGACAUUCCAAUGGCACAAUAUAUCAUCAAUAUGAAUGCUUCUUUGCCUGCAUCUGAUAAGUUCAUUAUACAUGUCUUGGAUAACACCCACAUAUUUGUCCAACCUCAUGUCGAGGUAAUGAUACGAAGUCAAAUCGCCAAGUUUAGAGAGGACAACACAUAUGUCAAGCCUACUUGA